AUGAUUGUGGAGGAUGAGUAUGACUAUGAUGCUGAAGAGGUGUUUGAACCUGAUCCAAUGAACACAUCGUUGACAAGAAUAUAUAAAAGGCCGAUUGGACCAAAUGGACUACCAAUGGAGCCCGAACCGUUACUUCGGGAUGGUCGAUUCAACAACCCCAUGAUUGAUCCGUAUGAAGAAAUGCAAUCUUCAUAUGUUCACGAGAUACGUCAAGGUAGCAGCUCAAAUAUCUUGACUUGGAAAGACAGACUUCAAAUAGCAAUAGACGCUGCACAAGGAUUGGAGUAUCGGCACUACGGCUGUAAGCCACCAAUAAUCCACAGGGAUGUAAAAUUAACAAACAUUUUGCUGAAUGAAAAUUUCCAAGCCAAGCUAUCUGAUUUUGGACUAUCCAGAAGUUUCCCCUCUAAUGAUGACAAUCAUGUAUUGACCGUCGUUGCUGGCACUCCCGGCUACCUCGACCCUGAGUACAACCUAUCAAACAGGUUGAACGAGAAAAGUGAUGUUUAUAGCUUCGAGGUUGUGCUGUUGGAGAUUAUUUCCUGUCGACCUGUUUACUCUUCAAGGGAACACGAAAGAAUUCACAUCAGUCGGUGGGUGAGCUCAAUGCUUGCAGAAGGAGACAUUUACGGCAUCGUUGAUCCAAGGUUGGAGAGACACUUCAACACGAACACUGUAUGGAAGGCUGUGGAGAUAGCAAUGGCAUGUGUAUCUCCAAAUGCUAUAAAAAGGCCAACCAUAAGUCAGGUGGUGGUGGAACUAAAGGAGAGUUUGGCAACAGAGAUUGCUGGAACAAGGCAGAGCCAUGAAACUGAGUUAACAAAUUCCAUUGAGAUACGGUCUGAUAGUUCGAUCUCUAUGCUAAAUCCCUCGGUUAGGUAG